AUGGAGAGUGUAGAAGGAAACAACUCGGCAGUGACAGUGGCUUUUAUUCAUGAUGCUAAUAAGCUCUCAAGGGAAGAAGAGAGACAUGAAAAUGUUGAAAACAACAGUGAUAGAUUUUCUAUCACUCAGUGCAUUGGUGAAACAGAUACUCAUUUGGAUGCACUCAUUACUCGCUAUGCACACACUCUAACAAACUACAGCUUGCGUAACUUAGGAUACCCUACUAAUCAAGACUUCAACUAUGAGGCAUUAGCACCGUUGCUUCAAUUUCACUUGAACAAUGCCAAUUUCACUUGA